GAAGAAUAUGUUGUACUGUCAUACGUGCAGAUCCUGUUUUAACAAAAGGAGGCAGCAAAAUAUUUCCAGGGCGUUCAGAAUUAUUGAAAGUGUUGGUACAACCUAGCGAUGGAGAACGUUUUGCUCAGGAAUAUGGAAGAUUCGUCACCGGAGACCUGUCUCACUGCAAUGCGGCUUUCUUUGCUCAAAUUUUCCCAGAUUCACAGCCCCAAGGUUCUGGGGUCUCAGCUGCCGAACGCUCACGAAACCUACCUCCCGUUACCCUUGGCUUGGGGUCUCCGAGAUGAAGUUAAUGUGAAUGACUUAUUUGUCACCGAUUUUUAUGCCGCUCAUGGAACUUACGAUCUGGCUGAUGGUAUACAUAAACCAAAUGUCUUUGUCGUUUACGGGGGUGAAGGGUUUGGUAAAACUGCUUUGGUGAAUUACCUCAUGUACCAGUGGCUGAUAGAUGAAGCCAACGAUGUCAAAAAGAUCAAGGACUUUGACUUCGCCUUAGUCGUAGAAGUAGAUAAAGUGGGUUCUUUUGAAGUGUUACCCCUGUUAGAAUCUAAACUUGUUCUCCCCUACUUACCCAGUUACAAGAAAUUCGAUGAUAUCUGUAAUGAUUUGCGUUAUAAAAAGUUCCUAUGGCUAAUUGACGGGUUCGAACGCGCUACGGGUGGCACGAUGAAGUCCAUUGGAAAAAUCAUUGAGCUCUUCCCGUUGUCCAAGUUUGUGAUAACAAGUCACUGGACACAAGUUAUGAUCAUCACGGACAUAAUGAACCUGUUACAGGUAAAGUUUGUACCUCUAAGCCUCAUGCCUCUGACUAGCAACACCUGGAAGCAUAUGGUACCCAAGAUGAUGGCAACAAAAACCUACGAUCCUCGAUACAUCGACGCUCUCAGCUCAAUGUUCAUCUCUGAUAAAGGGAGCUUGAUUGAAAAUAUGAAGCGCUUGAGGCCAAAGACACUCGGCGAAUGCAUUAACUCUUGGUUAUCGCUAAAUUUUCCCUUUACAGCUAAAGCUAAAGUAGUACCUCGUGGCCGUGGACGUAGCAAUAGGAUAGGUACUAAUUAGUGUUUAAUCGUUGCUUCGGAACAUUAUCGUGGUGUAAGGAUGCGUUGUAGUACAGUGCUAUUUUUUUUAUAUUUCACUUAAAUGUGGAUGUAUUUAUCUAAUCUGUUUAGUCAUUUGUCUGAUUUUUAAAAAUUUAACUUAACGGAGGUUUUGGAAACCAUAUGUUAUCAGUUUGAUUUAAGAUAAACGGUAAUAAGAUUUUUUUCUGUUAACUGUUAAUUUUUUUACUUUUAUGUUAGUAAAGGUCAACAUAAAGUAUCAUCAGAAAUCUAGGUAUAUGAAAAGACUAAUGCACAAUUGCUUGAAUAUAUUAAGUUAUUGUUUAUAAAUAGGGUCGAUGUAUAGAGGUAUUGUCUGGUAGAGUUUAUGGUCGCCAGUUGUUGCAAUGUAAUUGUAUAGUUGAACUGCAUAAGAUUAAGUUAUUUUAUGCACGGAGCAACAAAUACACGCUUUUAUAUAUAAACAAAGCUGUUUUAUGGGAUUUUACUUUUGUUUUAGGCACAAUUGUCAUGCUGUUUCAAAAUUGAUUGACUUUGAAGCACAAUGGAAAUUUUUCACGCCUCAUGGUGUUUUAAAAUGUUAACUUUUAAAUAGUUCAAAUGAUAAUGUUUAAGUUUAAUGCAUGUUAUCAUAUUUUAGAUUAUUAUUAUAGUGGAGAGCUUUUGAUAAAGGAAAUUAUCUCUUAUCGAAUAUCACUGAUGCUUUUUGUGUUAAGCGAAUUCAAUAAAAAUUUAAUACUCGAGGAGACAAGUUGAGAUAAGUAGAUCAAAUGAAUUUUGAGAUUCCUGCGCAAUGAAAAGUAGUUUACUUGAAAUAAAAAGAAUGUCAUUAGCUCUUCGUGUGAAAAUGACUUGAUUGUUCAUAAAAUUUACUUAGCCUCCAUAACUAGUGAAAAAACUUAACAAUUAAAUAUGUUGGUAAAGAGGCACUGCUAAUCUGUUGGAAAUAACUGUGCAUUUGUGAUUUUACACUAGGUGGUGUUUUAAUUUUGCUGUAAAACUUCACAAGACCACAAUAUUUUUCCAUUAUUUAUUAUUGAUUUUAUUAAGAUUGUAGUGUCUUGGUUGACUGAUUCCAGUCGUUUGUAAUUGCCUGUCAAGACAUCCUCUCCAACUGGACAAAAACAUUAUUUUGUUGUUGUUGUUUUGUUUUGUAUGAUGAACGAUUAACUAUAUAACAGGUUAGUUAUAAUCUUGCCUGGCAAGAUCUUAGGCAUUUAGAAAAAAUUAAGUUAGCGUUGAUAGUUCGCAUCUAGUAUCAACAAAAUUGUUAUCACUUCAUGGUAACAUGUAUAUAAUAUAUAUAUAUUUUUUUAUUGUUCGGUUACUAGGUAACUUUUGUCUGACUUGCUAUUUUUGCUAAUAGGCUGUAAUAUUUUAGUAAUAUACUUUAGAAUGGAUAACAAUGUUUUUUGUGCUUCCUCAUAACUACGCUGUUUUGAAUUAAUACGUUUUGCUACCGUUCAACGCAACUUUUGAACCCUGAAUUAGAACUGAAAGGCAUCUACU